UCACUCAAGCACAGCAGUCAGCAAUAAGCAGCUCUCAGGAAAUUGGGAAACUCUGGCAGAAUCAAUCGCCUCUCACAGAUCAGAUCGGAAAAGGGAAGGCUCAUCACCAUCUGUGCCUGACAGUGUCCACACCUCUCUGUGGGUGUCAGGCUGAAUAUAAAAGAAGAUCUGCUGUCACCCUUCCAGUAGCUGAGUUGCAUCAUGUGCUCAUCUUACCCAGUCACCAGCCUCGGCAUACAAGCAGAUUGUGAUCUCCAGGCAAAGAGCUCACUGGUCAAUCGUCAGGACAUGAAUUGGAUGCAGAUGGCUGAAAACUCCAGCGUAUUUCACAAGUCACCAUCUGGCCUUGCACUGGACACGGAAGAAACCAUGCUGAACAGUUCCAUGGGGAAUACCUCAAACCUGACCUGCAUAACUGGUGGGAGGCACACUUACAUUUUCCUUAUGAUCCCUGUCAUUUACAGCAUCAUCUUUGUGAUGGGAGUUUUGGGAAACAGCAUGGUCAUCGUUGUUAUCUAUUAUUACCUGAAGCCAAAAACAGUUGCAAAUAUUUUUCUGCUGAACCUGGCGCUGGCUGACCUGAUCUUUGUGAUCACUUUGCCGCUCUGGGCAGCCUACACCGCAAUGGAGUACCACUGGCCCUUUGGGGUCUUCCUGUGCAAGAUGAGUGCCACCAUUCUACUGCUGAACAUGAACGCCAGCAUCUUCCUGAUCACCUGUCUCAGUAUCGACCGUUACCUCGCCAUUGUGCAUCCCAUGAAAUCGAGGACGAGGCGCACCUUACUCCAUGCUUGGAUGGCUUGCAUCAUGGUUUGGUUACUGGCUGGCUUAGCAAGCCUGCCCGCCAUGAUUUUCCGUGAUGCCUUUCACUACAUCGGCUGGAAUAAAACCAUCUGUGCUUUCCAUUACCCAGAAGAGCAGAAGAAUCAAUGGAUAUUUGGCAUGGCCCUGUUGAAGACCUUUCUGGGGUUCCUAAUUCCCCUGCUGAUUAUUGUAACCUGUUACUCCCUAAUUGUCAAGAGCCUAGUGCAAGCGUACCAGAUUGAAAAAAGCAAACCUGCAAGCAACGAAGCAUUUAAGCUGAUUGUGGCUGUCGUGGUGUCAUUCAUUUUGUGCUGGCUUCCAUUCCAAAUAUUCACUUUCUUGGAUAUGCUUUCCCGGCUGAAAGUUAUCAAAAACUGCCACAUUCCUGAAAUUGUUGACACUUCCAUACCCUUUACGAUCUGUGUGGCCUAUUUCAACAGUUGCCUUAACCCCAUCCUCUAUGGCUUUGUUGGCCGCACUUUCAGAGAAAAGUUCUUCCUUCUUUUGAGGUGCAUGCCCCCCAAGGUCAGAACUCACCCAAGGCUGUCAACUAAGAUGAGUUCAUUGUCGUACCAUACCGUUGAAAUCCUGAAUGUAGUAACCAAAAAGCCAGUCUCCUCAAGUGGAUUUUAAGCAGCCCUACUUCACGAAGCAUCACCAGACCAUCAGGAUUUCAAAAAAGGACUGCAGACAUAUGAAUGAUCUGCUGUCAAUGGUGGGUUUGAAUAAAGCAACCAGGUUGCAAGACCCCGAAAAACCAAAUGUUCUGUCGCUUGAUUGAAAUUGCAAUCUGCCCUUUACUUCUGUUAUCUAUUUCCCAGUUACUCGACUCCUUGUUUCAAAGUGCAGCCUCUGCUAAGCUUCUGCUUCCCAAGAGCUAUCUAACUGUUCUGGUCUUUGGUCAAGUGCCCAUUCUGUGCGUGACAGCCUAAACAGCGAGGCAACAUAGCAAAACCCAAUAUGUUCCUCAUCCAAUGUCCAUUCAAGGGCACUUUCCAGCUGGAGUCACUGGAUCAGGAUUCAGGAUUGGGAACAUAGACCAUUCGAACAUGUAUGCUGGGGCCUGUUGACUCUUCAUCAGAACUGGUGAAGAGUCAUGCAGACUCGAAAUGUUAACCGUGUUCCUCUCUGCAGAUGCUGUCAGACCUGCUGAGUUUUUCCAGCUAUUUUUAUUUUUGUAUCAAAAAAGUGAGCAUUGUUUGACAACUUUCGAAGUGUUCUGUUGACGUCAGAAUUGGACUUGGGCUGGCAUUUUAGUAAAUCUUGAGGUAAAGAUCAACUAUUAGCAACAUCUACCAUUUACUUGUGAAUUCAGCAAUUUAACCAAUGUGAAACAGAAAGCAAAACAUACUAUGAAAAACACAGGGGUCCAGAUAUUCUUGAGUUUGUCUGGGCAGAAGGAAGAUUCAAGUUCACCGCAAUUGGCUGGCCCUUUUUUGGAAGUUGACAAAUUAUGACAGAAAGGGGGAAGUCACUCCUUGCACCAUCUCUUUCAUGUCAGCUCAAACAAUUGGGACUAGCAAGCUGACAUCUCCCAGGGGCGGAAACUCACCAGCGCUGCCUUUAACCGGGCCAAGGUAAAGAUCAUCCACAUGAAACACGAGGACUUAACCAGUAUAGUGAUGGGGCUCAAAAUGGGUUUCCCAGCGCCAAUCAAUUGGAAAGCGGCAAACAAGAACCAGAAACAAUUAUUUAUCCAUUCUUCAGUUGGAACAAGCCUGGCCUCUUGACGGAGUUGCAAGGUCAGAUGAUCACCAGAAGCACCAGAAAUGGUGCAGACACACAAUCCCUUUAUUUUAACGGCCAUCCACAGGAUUUAAGACAAAGUCACUGUAAGCAGGAAUGUCCUGACAGUGGAGCAAGAUUCCAGCAAGAUUCCCCACUACAUUUCAAGAGUGUGUUGCCGUCUCCACGUAAAAUUUGACAAGAAGUAUUUAGAGUCUCCGACCAUUUGCCAAAUCCAAAGCACAGAGAGGAUACAGACAAGAACACGACUUGAGCUGUGUUGUUUACUUUGCUUCUGACGAAAUUCAAUAAAAGUCACUAACAGCAACUUGCAUUUACAUGGUGCCUUUAACAUACUAAAAUGCCCUUAGGACACAGAAGCAGUAUCAGAAAAAUAUUGUCACUUAGCCACAUAAUGAGAUUGUAAUGUUCGAUUGUAUGGUAUUUGAUUAUGUGUGUCCGUAUCUGUUCUUUAUACCUAUGUGUAAUUAGUUAAGCCGGGGUGUGGUGACUGCGAAAGAGAAACUAAACUGUAGGCAAGCAGCUGGAAGUUUGAGGACAAAAAUUUUUAAAUAUUGACUAAAAUUCCUGUUCAGACAUAUCACCUAGAGUAUAUCAUUUCCACAUAUCUCCAAGGCAUAAAACACAACAGAGAUAUUCGGACUGGUGGCCAAAGGCUUGGUCAAAGAGAUAGGUUCUAACAAGCAUGUUAAGGGAUGUGGGAGUGGUAGGAAGGUGAAGAGGCUUAGGGAGGGAAUGCGAGAAUUUAGACGUAGGUAACUGAAGACAUGGCUAUCAAUGGUGGACAGAUCAAAAUUGGUGAUGCUGAAGAGGCCAGAAUUGAAGCAAGGCAGGGGAGAAUGGAUUUGAUACAAUGCAGUGGAUAUCUAACAUCCAACUCCACCCACAUCCUAUGCAGACAUUGGGUGGCCAGUCAGCAAAGCAGCCCUCUCCUGGGGGGUGGGAAGGAUGCAUGGGAGGGCCGCUACAUCGAGCAGCCUGCCCUCUGGACUUAGAAAGAAGAUAGGCCUGAGGACGACAGUGGUGGAUCUGAUCUUGGAAGACCUAGAGUGGCAGAGGCCCUGGCUAACUUUGUGGAACCCAGAGAAGCCCUCAGUACACAAUAACCAAGCGACACGUUUAAGAACAGGAGGUCUACCAUUUAAAUGGAGGAGAAUUUUUUUUCUCUGAAAGGGUAGUUAAUAUGUGGAAUUCUCUUCCCCAGAAAGCAGCGGAGUUAGACAGAUUUUGGGAAUCAAGGGUUAAGGGGGGCAGAUAGCAAAUUGGAGUUGAUACACAACCAGAUUAGCUAUGAACUUAUUGAAUGAUGGAGCAGGCUCGAAGGGCUGGAUAGCCUACUCUUGCUCCUAAGUCCUAUGUUCCUAUUUCUUCCCCAUCUCUGUGCCAGCACCCCCAGUACUGCCCAGAAACUGCAAAUGGAAUCGCUUGAGGCCCUGACAUGCACAUUAAAUGGGUCUAACCCAGUGACUCAGGUCAGCUAGCCCACUUCCCGGCAGGGGUACCCUGAAAUGUUGGCAUGACUAUUCACCACUAUUCGUGUGGCACUCUUUCCUCUGUGUAGAGGGCCUCAAAAUAAGAAAACUCAAUCAAAAACCAGACUACCAAGUGCAGAUCCAGCAAUUGCUCCAUGCCCACUUUCCCACCCCCGCACUGGUGUGUUCAAUUUAUUUCCCAAAUAAAUGCCUUAUUUUAAGAUUACUAAUUUAACAUACACCACACCCUUACAAUAGGGGCAGGUUAGCACAGUUGGUUAACUGUUCAGCAUCAGCAGACAUUGAGGCCUUUGCGGAGAGAACAUGCAAAACAGUUACAAAAAAAUUAGCAAAUUAACCCUCUGUUACUGAACCAUGCUUUUAAGUGACAUACUCAAAAGAGACAUACACGCCAAACAAAUUCAAGCCAUAGUGUUCUCAAUAACACUUAGAAAUUCUGCGACCACAUUUAAAGUAUUAACAUUUUUCUCAGUGUUGCUUCUGUCAGUAGAGAGAUGAUGAAAUACGGUUAAAAUGCAGAUGAGUUAGGCUUUAAUCUUUCUCUGUCUAGGAGGCUGUAAAUAAUGAGCUAAUUCAUUAGCCUGUCUCGUCAAUCGAAUUGCCCGCUCAAACCCAUUGUGUGAGGAGGCUGCCUGUAAAGGUCAAUUCUUCAACCCACAUUCUUUCUGAGCAAAGCUCCUGACUGAGACCAGGGGAUCACUGCUUUCACCCUGAAAGAGAGGAAGACAGCCAAAGUUGCAUGUCAUUGUGUCAAUAAAUACGUUAUUGUGUUUGCUGCGACUACUCCUCCAUCCAGGAAAUCAACUGAUAGAACUUUAUUCAGUGCAGUUUAUCAACUUUUAGCAAUUAAAAUGUAGAACAUUUCAACUUGUGUAAAUUCUUGCUGUGCAUGAUAAUUUAUUGCAUCUGUCCUAUUUGCUGUUGCAUUUUUAAAAACACACGGCUUUUAAAUAAAGUGUUUCCUCUAUUAUCGCUAGUUAUCUUGAAUAAAUUAUUUUAAUUAUUAUG